AUGACGAAUUCGCUGGCAAACCGGGCAGCUGAUCUGCCCUUCCUGACAGAGCUCUGCCAAGCGCUGCCAAAAGUGGAGUUGCAUCGGCACUUGACGGGUGCGAUGCCAACGAAUGCCGUGCAGCAUAUCCUGAGUGAGGUUGCGCCGGACAUUGCCGAAGAUGCGCUGCUUGUCACACCGCGGGUCACCGGUGAUGGCCCAGAGGCGCAGGAGCGCGCGUGGCAAGUGCUGAUGAAGCAGUGCCACGCCGUAAAGGUGGCCUCGACAGACGACGCGCACUUGCGCCAGCUCCUGGCAGCGGCAAUCGAGCAGCUGGCACUGGACAACGUCAUCUACUGCGAGUUUCGCAUCGGCAUCAAGCCACAGCCGACCAAGCGUGCGUACCUCGACACAUUACUCGACGUCAUCCACGAACAGCGGCAGCGGUUCCCACACACCACUGUCCGCCUGCUCCUCAGCAUUGCCCGGCAUGGCGACAUGCCUUAUGCCGAGGAGAACAUCGACGUGGCCAUUGACUACUACACACGGCAACCAACCACCAGCAGGUACAUGCAGGAUACCACACGGGACGACGGUGGCAAGAAGAGGGAUGGGCGAAAAGCGCGGUGCCAGGGCGACCCUCAGCAGCCACAAUUGCAGCAACCACAACAGACACAGCAAGCGCAACGACCGGCACAACAACAACAACAACAACAACAACAACAACAACAACAACAACAACAACAACAACAACAACAACAACAACAACAACAACAACAACAACAACAACAACAACAACAACAACAACAACAACAACAACAACAACAGAACAGCAGAGGCAGCCAGCUCAACAGCUCACGCAAAUCCCCUUGA